AAAGCAGAGUCGUCAAUUGAACAGAGAGCGCCACAACGACACACCUCCCUCAACUAUAGACUCGGAUGAUGAGCGGCGGACUGGCGACAGGAUGGAUCCUCUGCAAAACGCCGAUCCAUCCAUGUACAACCGCAUGGUGUCUGCGAUUGUGACAGGCUCAAAUGACGCCUUGGAUGUCCUUUCGGAUGCAGUCAGGCCAUCAGACGUGAGGUCAACAACGGGCACCAUCGACAGCCAGCAGCCAACAGCUUCCAGCAUAUUAGUCGUUCACAGUGGAAACAGCAGUCUCGGCUUUAUCAUCACACGCAUGUCGCGCCCUGAUGAAGAGACGCUGGACUUAUGGGAUAGGUCGAGAUUUGUUCGCCAGGGCUGGUUUACGGCGCAGGAAGCUAUCACGUACAUUGAUCUCUUCUACAAAUAUCUGGCCCCGCUGUCUCCUAUCAUGCUAAACCAAUUCAACGACCAUGCGGCGCAUCAUCGACUAGUUGUCGAAGAAGCGUUCCUUUGCUGCACUAUCCUUAUGAUCUCGUCACGGUAUUUCACCUUACCAGGGUCCGGCGGUUCUUCGAGGAGCCACUUUGUUCAUAAUAGCUUAUGGCAUCAUUGCGAGCACUUGUUGAAAAAGCUGGUUCUGGGCCUCGAGAAAAAAUCGACAUCGAGGAUUCGUGUCGUGGGAACCGUUGAGGCCUUGAUCUUGAUAUCAGACUGGCAACCGCGCGCGGUGCAUUUUCCCCCUGAUAGUGAGGGAUGGGAUGAGCUUCUCGUAUCACCAGGGUAUGACCGCAGAGACCGACAGUUGAUGACCGAAAACGAAGAGCCGUUACUCAGGUGGCGUGAAGAUGUCUUCGAGCCCGCCAAGAGGGCCAACAGGAUGACUUGGAUGAUUCUGGGGACCGCUUGCAACCUAGCAUACGAGAUUGGAGUCCUGUCGCCCGAGAGGCCCCAGGCAGUUGAUACCAGCGAUCCCGAUGAACAGAGACGGCGAAGGGCGCAGAAGGUGCUGUACGCAUACGUUACACAAACCGCGACACGUCUUGGUCUCCCGGGGGUAUUUCCCGAGAGUGUGAGCCUGGCAGUGGCGCGGCCCAUGGUAGACAACCGAGAUGGAACCGGCUCACCGUCGUGGAACUCUUUCCUUGAUCUCACACUCGAACUCACGCAGCUUGCUCAUACGGCCACGUCGCUCUUCUUCCGCUCCGACGCACAUCUAACAAGUCAGAUACAGGGUGACCAUUAUGCCGACCUACUCGAUCACUACCUGGCCAGUCUCAUCAGAUGGCAAACCAAGUUUAACAUGAAAGCGACAGAAAUACAUGAGCCGCUGCGAGAUUCCCUACUGAUCGAGUACCAUCAUCUCAAAGCAUGCGUCAGCGCCGUAUCUAUCCAGGCCGUCGUAGCCAGAGCGUCCGAGGCCGGGCUCGAUACAGCUGCGGGAGCUGCGGGAGAGAGCCUUGGUGCUUUCAUCACCACCAGGGACGCACGGUUUUUGCAAGAUGUGAUCAACGAUAGUAAGCGGGUUCUGCAAAUUGCCACAGCGACAGAGUACAACAAGUACUUCCCCUAUGCUCCGUCGAGGAUUAAGAUCAGCGUGAUCUCGGCAUCUGUGUUCCUGCUUAAAGCACUUAGUGUUGGUUCCACGACGACAGACGUUCAAGAAGGGUUGCAUAUACUAGACAUGUGCACCUUCAAGCUGAAGCAGACCCCACCAGAUGACAUGGACUUUGCGUUGCGAUAUGCAUCUCUGGUCGAGAAGCACACCGCACAGUUCAGGGAUAACCUCACGCCUUCAAAGAUGGCGCACGCAGAUAUCCGGAUGGCAACUCAGACCCCACACUUUAUCAAUACCGAACCAUCAAUGCCCAUGGACGGAUCUAUAGCAUAUGGAAAUUCGGUCAACCUGGAAUUGGGCGUGGAUGAAACUUGGAUGGGUCUCCCCUUUAACAGCGGCAUCGCGCCGUUCAACUAUGCGCAUGACCAGUUGUCAAUGGGACUGGAUGUUGAUUCUUUGAACUUUCUCUGGAGCUUGCCGGACAUG